AUGCCGAGACAAGCAGCCGAACCAGCGAAGCGCGGCCGCCCUGGCAAAGCCCAACAGCCAGUCACAGGCACGAAGCGGAAAGCUGCGCAGCAGCCGGCCCGCAAGAAGUCGGGACCUUUUGAGCUCUCCGACAGCGAUGCGCCGCCAUCGCGAGGCCAGCGAGAAGCGGACGAUGAUGCAGAGGAAGAGGAGCAAGAGGAGCAAGAAGACGAGGGCGAGGACGAAGGCCCGGACAAUACGAUCCCACCCGAGUUGCUCACGCGGCUGCUGCACGAGUUCUUUGAAAAGGACGACACGAGGCUCAGCAAGGACGCCAAUCUGGCGGCGGGGAAGUAUAUGGAUAUCUUUGUGAGGGAGGCCAUUGCGCGCUGUGUGCAUGAGAGGCCUGGUGGCUUUCUUGAGGUCGAGGAUUUGGAGAAGAUUGCCCCUCAGCUGCUCAUGGACUUCUAG